CUGGUUAGGUUGUGUGAGUGUUGCCUGCGCACGCGCUCUCUCCUCCGUGCCGCUGAAGGGAUUGCAGGCCACCAUCUGCUGCGGAGCCGGAGUCCGUCGCCAGGUGGGGAAGAUACUGGGCAGCAAGGGCUUCAACAUGGAGAAGCAGAACCACGCUCCGCGGAAACAGCACCAGCCGCACCUGCCACCGUCCAUCCCCGCCAACGGGCAGCAGGCGAACAGCCAGAAUGAAGGCCUGACUAUUGACCUGAAGAACUUCUGGAAACCUGGUGAAAAGACCUUCACCCAAAGAAGCCGCCUGUUUGUGGGGAAUCUGCCCCCUGACAUUACAGAGGAAGAGAUGAGAAAGUUAUUUGAGAAGUAUGGCAAGGCAGGUGAAGUCUUCAUCCACAAGGAUAAAGGCUUUGGCUUUAUCAUGCUGGAAACUCGCACUCUGGCAGAGAUUGCAAAGGUGGAACUAGACAACAUGCCUCUAUGUGGGAAGCUGCUAAGAGUGCAUUUUGCGUGCCACAGUGCAUCACUGACAGUCAGGAACCUGCCUCAGUUUGUGUCCAAUGAGCUCCUGGAGGAAGCCUUCUCAGUGUCUGGCCAGGUGGAAAGGGCUGUGGUUGUUGUGGAUGACAGAGGACGAUCCUCUGGGAAAGGCAUUGCGGAGCUCUCAGGGAAGCCUGCUACUAGGAAAGCCCUGGAUAGAUGUAGUGAUGGGUCUUUCCUGCUAACUGCAUUCCCUCUCCUUGUCACUGUGGAGCCCAUGGAUCAGUAUGAUGAUGAAGAGGGUCUGCCAGAGAAGUUAAUCAUUAAAAACCAGCAAUAUCACAAGGAGCGUGAGCAGCCUCCUCGGUUUGCACAGCCUGGUAGCUUUGAAUAUGAAUAUGCCAUGCGUUGGAAAGCUCUAAUAGAAAUGGAGAAACAGCCGCAAGAGCAAGUAGACUGCAACAUCAAGGAAGCUCGAGAGAAGCUGGAAAUGGAAAUGGAAGCAGCACGCCAUGAGCACCAGGUUAUGCUCAUGCGGCAAGAUCUAAUGAGACGCCAGGAAGAGCUGAGGAGAAUGGAGGAAUUGCAUAACGAAGAAGUACAAAAACAUGAACAGUUGGAACUCAGGCAAAAGGAAGAGCACAGGCGCCAUGAGGAGGAAAUGAGAAAGCAGCAAGAAGAGAUGAUGAGACGCCAGCAGGAAGGCUUUAAAGGGAAUUUUGCUGAUACGAGGGAGCUACCAGACAUGCAGAUGGGACAGAUGAGUAUGGGAAGCACCACUGGCAUGAACAAUAGAGGAGCCAUGGGUGGUACCAAUGUCCCAGCUGCUGCACCUUCUGCGACUGGUCCUGGAGCUAUGAUACGUGAUGGAGCCAUGGGAAUGACUCCACCACCACCUGCAGACCGCUUUGGCCAGAGCGGUGCGAUGGAGGGCCUCGGAGCAAUGGGAGGGAAUCCACCUGCCUUCAACCGAGGUAAUCCAGGGGCUGAUUUUGGUUCUAACAAGCGUCGCAGAUACUAACAGGAUUAAGCUACUCCCUGCGCACACCCCAAAAAGGAAAGGAAUCUUGGCAGGCCACGCAGGGCUCAACUCAAGGCG